CUGCUUUAGUCUAUUGGUAUAAAUACUAACUCUGAACAGCAUGGUGAGGACUCAGGACAAAUCACCAAGCGACAGUUAUAUCUUGUUUUCGUUCACAACUGUAUCCCGUUUAUUGGUUUCGGAUUUCUGGAUAAUGCAAUCAUGAUACUGGCGGGGGAAUACAUUGACCUGACUAUUGGCGUUACCUUAGGGAUUUCUACAAUGGCAGCUGCUGCUCUUGGAAACACCAUAUCAGACAUUGCUGGGAUCGGAUUGGCUGGAUAUGUUGAAAGCCUCUUCUAUAAACUUGGGUUGCCAGUACCUGCAUUAACACCGGAACAAGCAGAGCAGAAUUCAACUAUUUUUUCAUCUAAUGCGGGCAAAGCAUUUGGAAUUCUGAUCGGUUGUAUAGUUGGAAUGUUCCCGCUGUUAUUUAUCGCUAAAGAAGAAAAGGAAGAUGGAUGACAUCUUGAAUCAAUUUUCGAGUUUUAUCGAAGCAUUUGGCUUGAAAUACACUGAAUACAGUUACUUUUGAGCUGCUCGACUCGCGCCAUUAUUAUUUUAUUUGUUAAAGUAGCUCAGACCAUUUCAGUCUGUAGAACUGUAUGGUGAUACAGACAAGCAAUAAAAAGGCCUAAUAAUAUUUAACAUUAUAUCUGUAUUGCAUUCUAUUGACUGGGAUAAGUUUAUGCUUUCUCAUGCUUUAAAUUUUUAACUUUUCGAGCUGCUUCUCCAUUGCACCUGAGAAAGUAUAUUUAAAUCUUUUUUUCUGUAAUUGCCAUAUUUCUUCAUUUAGAAAUAUUUUUGUUGUUUCAUUAUUUUAACCAACAUUUUUUUUUUCAAAUCCUGUGUUAGUUUUUCAGUCAUAUAGUGUUCCUUUAGUUUUAAAUGUAUUUAGUUGUAUUGCAAUUUUCAGAUAUUUUAAUAAAUUUUUAUUCAAAGCAAAACCUGGAACAAUUACUGCCGGCUAUUGCUAGAUUUUAGGAUUUACAUAUUUAUCCCGACAUAUACAUAUUUAACCGACCAGCGGUUAUGUGAACCACCCUACGGCGACGAGGAGUCCAGCAGUUCUUUUGCACAUAACCAUCCCCGCUUGGGAUUCGAACAUGCGAACCCACGCAGAGUAAGCAGAGGUACGGUGGCAAGCGUAUUCCAAACGCUUAGCACAAUGAGCCACACUGCCGUGCCUGAUUAAACCGCUGGACGAUGAAUCGAAAAAAAUAUGCCUGAGACUCUAAAUCAGUGUUUCACAAACUUUUUUAAUAAAUUCCUCCCAAAUUUUGGAUCCAUAUAUUCUCCCUCACAAUGCUGAGGAACUCCAUUUUCGUUCUAUUCUAGAAAUCUGUAUUUGUAACUUUACUUUGAAUCAUAGGUUGCUGCUGUUUUUAGUUGGUAUUUUCUGUUGAAUUUUGUUCAUUUUAUAUAUUUAAAUAGUUAACAAUAUAUAUACAUGUUGAAUUUUUA